AACAGGGCAGCGGGAGCGAAGGCGCGCGCGAGAUAGAGAGAGAGAGAGAGUGUGUGUGAGAGUAGAGAGAAUGCCCAGCGGAAGAGAGAGGAGCUUCCUUGCUUGCUGACGGGCCGCCUCUGAGACACCAUGGGCUGUAUCGGCUCCAGGACCAUCACGGCGGACGCGGUUCCCGUACAGAAGGAUGGAGAGCAGCUCUCGAUGGAGGACACCACCUCUAUCCUGCCUCGUCUCAAGCGGAAAUCCAACCAGUACGGGAUCGGUGCUUUGGCUAAGUCCUCUCUGACAGGUGUGUCAGGUGUGAGCCGCUCCAUGAAGGACAAAGUCACCAAGCCCACGGCCAUGGCUCAGGGGCGUGUGGCUCACAUGAUCGAAUGGCAGAGUUGGGGCACACCAUCCGCCGGGCCGGAGGGGGGAGUGGGCCGAACCAACCUGAACCGCGAGAGGGAGAGGCGGCUAGAGAACGAUCUUUACAGUGACCUCAGUGAUGGGGAGAAGGAGGCCCGUUUUGCCGCCGGAGUGAUGCAGCAGUUUGCCAUCUCCGAGGCGACGCUGCUGGGCUGGAACUCGAUGGAGGGAGACGGCCUGUGUGAGGACUCCAACCAGGGCAGCGUGGCCCACCUGAGCGAGGGCAACCAGGACAGCAUCACCAGUCGCGACCAGCCCAUGCACCACUCCACCGCGGAGGUGUGGCCCCACACCUAUGUCUCGCAGGGCCUCUACUGCCUCUCCUCGUCUGACGCCUGGGAGCCAAUCAGCAGUGAGCCCUCGGGUGUGGCCUCCCCCGCCGCCGGCUCCUACGUCCUGGCGGGCAGCACCUCUGGCGAGGGCUACGAGGCUAACCAAGGCAACCACACCCAGUUCCUGUCCCAGCAUCAGCAUCUCUCGCUGCAGCAGCAGAACCACCUGCAGCAGCUGCAUCAGAUCCACCAGUACCAGCAGCAGCAGCUUCUGCACUACCAGCAGCAACAGGCCCUGGAUCGUUUCCACAGUAACCCUCACUCCCUGCAAGCCACGCCCAACAGCACCAUCCACAGUCUGGGCCCGCCCACUCACCCGCGAUUGGCUGACCUGUGGGCGUCGGCUCAGGUGGAGCCUCAUCAGGUGGAGAUCGUUGGGCAGAUGACUCCCAUGAACAUGAUGGACGGGGGCGUGGCCGAGACGGUGGGGGAGGAGUUUGACGCGGAAAGCGAAAGCAUGACGGAUCAACAGGAGGAGGAGACUAAGGAGGACGAGAUCACGUUAACCUUGGAACCCGAGUCUGGCUCGCCGCUGCCGACCACAACCCAGCCCUCGCCGCGGGAGACCCUCAGCCCCUCCUGGGCCGACGGACCCAGCCCCGGCCCCGCCGCGCCCUUCUUCUCCACUGCCGCCCUCGCCGAGCCGGCCACGGAAUACGCGCCGUUCGAGGUCACGUCCUGCAUCGUCCAGUCUCUGGAGGAGAAGGACAAGGAGGCGGCGGCAGCUGUGGCGGUGGUGGCAGCGGCAAAGGAGGAGGGCUCCGUGGUUGUCGUGGCGACCAACUGACGUGCAGGCAGCCCGCUAGGCUCUUUUUUUCCCUCCACGCCAGUAAAUGAAAAAUGGACCACAGAGCUAAACAAACACCUUAAAUAACCAACCCGUUACACUAAUCUCCAUCCUUGACCUCUAACCCCCCCCCCCCCCCCCC